AUGGGGAAAUUGAGCCGUGGGACCCUGAAGCUCCCGCUGAUAGCACUGUUGUUGUGCAUUACUUGGGAGAGUAGCCCCGCCUAUGCCGCCAGCACAAAGAUCAGAUUGGGAAGCAACACCAACUUCCUUGACAGAGUGCACAAGGAUGACCUUCACCAUCCAGGCCUGGCCUGGCGCGGCACCAUCACGCGCCUGCUGGACAGGCUUGGUCCCAACUGGCAGGGAUCAUCACAGAGCACAGAGUCCCGCUUGAGCACACUGGAUCAAGGUGGUGAUGAUGCAAACGUGCUGCGGAUUCACAAUGAGGCCGCGGCAGACCGAGGGUCAGUCCUGCGGCAAAUGGAGGAGGAAAGGCGGAUUGCUGGGCUGGGCAGGGGAUCAGGAAUAGAUGUUGCAAGGCAGCAUGGCAGUGGGCAGGCCAGGAUAACUGGCCGACAUGUGAGGAGGAAACGGAGGUCCAUCAUGUCGUUUGAAGACAUCAUCAUCUGGGGUUGGAAGGGGGUGUACCACCAGUGCAAGGAGAUCCAGCGUGUGCUGGCGCCUCAUUACAGGGUGCGGCUGACGCUGCACGAGUACAUGUUUCCUCACACGGACCCGAAAGACGACGGGGCUCUCUACAUCCUGAUGACGCCACACCUCUGCGUGGACCUGCCUCCGCACUACAUCAUCUGGCAGACCGAGCAGUGGGGCCACCGCAUGCUCCAUGUGGGCAACCGCCAAUGGGCCAAUCAGCGCAACGAGAAGGAAAUGCUUGAUUUCGUGGAGGUGUUUGAGGGCGCUGUGGAGGUUUGGGACUACAGCAAGGUUCAUUUGAAGAACUUUGAACCUAUUUUUGAGGGGAGGGAUGCCAACUUCCGACAUGACCCCCCGGUGACAGAGGCUGAGAAGGACAUUGAUAUCCUGUUCUAUGGCUGGAUAGUCAAUGGAAGUCACCGGAACGUGAUGUUGGACGAGCUCCGAUUUGAAAGGAAUUUGUCCAUUGUUGUCUCAAAUAUGGAUGCGUACAAGGAGGACUUGACCAAGCUGCUUCGGCGCACCAAGGUCAUUCUGAACAUCCACGCCUACCCGGCAAAGGUGUUAGAGAUCUGUCGCAUCCUGGAGGCGAUCAGCUUUGACAUCGUGGUAUACCUUUUCACCCAUCUUUGCUCUUGA